AUGGCAGUGGUCUACACUGACAAACCUCUUUCCCUCAUUCAAACUCCCCACAAUCGAACAGGCAAGACUGACGACUUCACAAUCGACGCAUCUCAUAUGGCCGUCGUCCACAAUGUCUUAAUCCGCAGCUACAAUAGCAUAUACCAGCAGGCGCCCCACAUUCAGCCCGUCGACUACGCCGACUUCGUGGGUUACUGUCUUGCUUGGCACGAAAUGGUGCAGGGCCACCACGACAGCGAAGAAGCGGUCCUCUUCCCCGGCAUUGAGGAGGUGACUGGCGUGAAGGGUAUCAUGGACGGAGAGAAGGCUGAGCACGCGGCCUUGUACGCCGGCCUCUCAUCCCUGGCAACGUACCUCGGCACCUGCCGCGCCCAGCCUAAAACCUUCAACGCCUCCGCCCUACUCUCUAUCAUGGACGCAUUUGCGCCUGCCUUCGCGACCCACCUCGCUAAUGAGCCACCUGCCCUUGCUUCUCUUUCCACCUACGCUUUCGAUAUCAAAGCUUUGUCCGCAAAAACAGCAGAAUACAGUAUGGCUCGUACAUCCACUUUCAAUCUUCUGCCGAUGCUCUGGUAUAACCUUGAUGUCGAAUUUGAGGGUGGCAAAUGGAGGGACUUCCCACCCGUACCCGCACCCAUGAGAUGGGUACUGGUGAAUAUUUUGGGGAGGUGGCAGGCGAGGUGGUGGCGUUUUGGGACUUGUGGGGCUGACGGGAAGAGAAUCGAGCUGCUGGCUCUGAGGGAAGGCUAUCCAGCGUGA